AUGAAGGAAGGCGUGAUCAGCCGGCCAUCCCUUGGUCAGGCGACCGACGAGUACGAGCGCUUCGCCGUCGGCUCGCUGCUCGCCCUUCGCCAGUACUGCUCCUCGCCCGCUGCCGCCGCCGCGAUUGAGCGCGAGGGUGCGAUGCGCGGCGGGCAGUACGACGUGGUCGUGUGGGACCUGGAGCGUGAGCUUCUAGAGGAGCUCACGGACGCGCGGCUGCUGAGCGGCGUCGUGGUGGCGGCGCAGAUCCGCUGGCUGCGCAGCGCCCUCCCGGCGGAGACGUCGCUGCUGUUGCUCGACGUGCCACCUGUUUGGGAGGACGGGUCGCCCACCCACUCUCCGGGCUGGCAGCGCACACUCGCCGCCUUCCCCGCGUCGCUGCGGCGCGGCCUCGAGCAACGCGUCGCUUGCGCCUCCGUUGAGGUUGGGCGUGUGGCGGAGGAGCUGCCCAACACGGCCUUCGUGCGGCGCGCGGCGGCGCUGCGGGAAGGCGACUUGCUCGAGUGGGUGCACACCACCCGCAGGGCGGCCGCCGAGACGGCGGCGGCGGUGGUGCACGCCUAUGCCGAUGCUCGCGCGUCGCCCGUGCCCAAGGCGGCACGGCCGGAGGCGCCGCCUUGGGCUCUCUUGGACGGCGUCUUCACGCCGUCGGAGCUCGCGCGCGUGAUCGCCCUCUGCGAGCAGCUCGACCGCUCGGCAGUCAGGGACCCCGAGAUCGCCGGCUUCAAGCUGGCGACGACGACCGUGGUCCACUACUCCGUCUCUGCCGACGGCGCGCCGUCGUUUGCCGGCGACGAGCCGCCGGACCCGCUCCUCGACACUGGCUGGCUCUUCCGCCCGCUCGUGGCGGCGUUGCGGCGCGGAGACGCUGCGCUGGGCGGGGCCCUGCCUCAGAGAGCUUUUUGCACGUCGGUGCAGUACAACCGGUACCACCGAGGCGACCACUUUGAGCAUUUCCACGUGGACGAGGUGGAGUGCGAGACGGCGUACAAGUCGCUCUCGCUCGUGCUCUUCCUCAGCCGGCCCGACGAGUACGGAGGCGGCGAAUUCGAGCUGAGGAGGGGCGAGGGCGGGCAGGUGACGGCGCUGCGCCCGGACGCCAACAGCGCCGCGGUCUUUUGCGCGCGAGAGGUCUUCCACCGCGUGCGGCGCGUCACGCGCGGCGCGCGGCGGACGCUGGUGCUGUGGGCGUGUGCCACCCGCGCGAGCGCGGUGUGCGACGGCCCCGCCGAGCCUUGCGUGGCGUUUGGUCGGAUUGGUGCCUCGCCGUUUCUUUAG